UACUACAGUCAAACUUAGGAAGUGGGAGAGGGAGUGUCUUCCUCUUCCCCGGUAUAUCCACUCUGGAGAGAGGUUUUCCCUCGCCUUCUCCACCAGAGAGAGCCAGAGAGGGAGAGAAUGGCCACCCUGCUACAACAUACGGUUUCUAUCCCGCGACCACACCAUCCAAGAGGCCCACCACCUUCCUCUUCCACUUCUUCGUCCUCUUUCUCCUUGUUAUCCACCCCUUUACGGCACGACGCCGCUGGUAUCAGGCGGGCACGCUCUUACGCAACGCUGGGCCCAGCAGCUAUCGUGUGCAUGGCGAAGCCCAGGAGGGUGAAGAUGGUGGCCAAGCAGAUCCAGCGUGAGCUUUCUCAGAUGCUCCUUACUGAUAAAGUUCUCCAGUACGCCGUCCUCCCCGAAUCCGCUCUCGGCGCCGACCGUUAUCUCUCGUCUCUCACCACCAUCAGCGAUGUCGAGGUUUCCGGCGACCUUCAGGUCGUGAAGGUGUACGUUUCGGUUUUCGGCGAUGAGAGGGGGAGGGAGGUGGCAAUUGCGGGACUGAAAUCUAAGGCAAAGUAUGUGCGCAGCGAGCUCGGCAGGCGGAUGAAGCUGCGCGUCACGCCCGAGAUUCGGUUCAUUGAGGACGAGUCCAUGGAAAGAGGAAGCAGGGUAAUUGCAAUCCUGGAUAGGUUAAAGGAGGAAAGGGAAAAGAAUAUGCCGUCUGCAGAGGAGGAUAAUGCUGAGAGAGUAACUUCACAAGAUGAACUGGAUGACAAAUAUUGGGAUGAAGAUGACACAGAUGAUGGAAUUAUAUAUUGCAUGGAAGCCCAUUACUGCCACCGAUGGGAAUCAUUACUUAUCGUGUUGGUGAAGGAAAAGUUGUUCGAUGACAAAAAACUUGAUCCUGGACAAGCAAUCUACCUUUGGCACGAUCACCAUGUAACUGGAGUAGCCUGAUGAACUUAUUGUCGUCUAAGGGUGUCUGCAGAUCCUUCUGUACUUUUUUCAUUCUUUUUUCAUCUGUCCUAUGUAUCAACAAAAACAUGUAUGCAUGAAGGAUUGCUGCAUGUGUCGCCAGUGUUUGCUUCUUGCUAGAAAUUUUUCCUUAUGCUUGUUCAGAAAGUAUUUCUUCUUGUGCUUGUAACCAGAUUUUUUCUUACGGCUCGCCAGUAAGUUUUCCAUGCUUUCAUUUUAUCCUAA